UCGCCGCAGACUCGAACGACUUCUUCGAGGAUGAGCCUCUCUGCAGGGCAGACGGCUGCAUGUGGCUCCACCGCGCCCGAUCUCCUGGCGCCCUUCUGCGGGGCAGCUGCUCUGCGUUUCCGGGGCACCUCGUGGACCCCGCGGGAGCGCUCGCUGGCUCGUUCCAUCUGCACGG